AUGACUGCUGAGGAAGCUGCGUACGCGAUAACUCGACCAAUCUCAACCUCGUCAAUACCGGUCCUCAAUACCUACUCGGAUGAAUGUAUUGCUCUCUUUAUGCUAUGGAGACAAAUUGUGAAUGCUUGCGAAGAGUGGCCGGCUUCUCGUAUCCCUGACCUCGUCGCACUUCUAAGUGCGAUAUCCAAAAUUCCCGAUCACAUUCACCGUGGUGAAGCCACGGAUGACGAAGAUGAGGGGCCCUUGGGAUGGGAUAUCCUCCCUUAUUUUGCUGCGGAGUGGAGAGAUGCUCAUUGGAGGAUACCGAUGAAUAUUCUUCAGGAUUAUCCGGACACGGCGGCAAGACUCCGCGAACGGGGACUAUAUAUCAGAGCUCAAGAGGUUGAGUCACAACUUGUUGCAGCUGGCAUAUGGGAUUUAUGGAGAGCGAUAAAUUACGUGAUAUGGGCGCUGGAGAUGAAACCCAAUCACGAUUAUCACGCAGAAGAGAGGAAUGGGGUACACCAUCACCCCCUAGCAUUUUAUUCCCUCGAACUUGACUUUCAAGUGCCGGCGGUUGCUUGUUGGAUUAAGCAUAAUGGGCAAAGAAUGCAUCAAUGUAUCGCCAGAGACGGGCUGAAGGGUAAUCCAGAUCUCCCGACCGUGCGUAUGCAUUUUGGCGAGCCUAUCGAACGUUGGGCAUUCUGGAAGAAACGAUUGCUUGAGCUCGCGAACGACCCUGAUGAUUUUACAAGAAGAGGAGCACAACUAGCUAUAGGAUACAUGGAUGAGGCCACAGAAUCUCUGACGGAGAAGUUAAACGCCUUUGACAUUCUUUUACGCCCUUCUGCAUUAGAUAGCCAAUGCUUAUAG